GUUUACGUCCGUUCUGACAAGUAGGUCAUGAUAGGAAUGUUGGAUAGCUAGCGAGCGAACUAUCAUUAAUUAUUGUCGUAGGUAGUUAGUUGCUGAGCAGUUACAUUUGGGAAUAAGAAGACACUGAAGACUGACAAUACUGACGUGUGUACUGUAUUCGGUAUCGUUAGCUACAUUAACAUAGCACGAGAUAGACUAACUUUAGUUAGAUGUACUGGCUCGUCUAGAUUAACCGCAGGCUUCAACUACUGUAGUUAGCCUAGCCUAACUGGCAGGGACUAAUUAGCGUUACUGUAUGGUUAGCACUAGCUUGAUAACGACCUAAGUCUAUAAAAUAAUACGGAGGCUUGCAGUUUUUCUUAGCUAGCUAAUGCUAUAAACACCUGGCUAGGACUAGCAGACGCAUAGCUGGUUUAGUCCUCCUGACCCUGUACUGUAUUCAGCAAAGGCUGGCCUGUGUUACUGUUAGCCACGCUAGGUAGCACACUUUUUAAAAACUAAUACAGCUAAGCUAGCUCUUGUCACAUACUUUAGCUAGUUAGCUAGUAAACCAGCAUAAGCGAAGGAAUUGACUAUGUCACCUUUUAGCUGGCCUGUCUGGCAAGCAAGCAAAUGACUAGGUUUGUAGACCAGGAUAUCUAGUUAUGGGGAAAACAAAAUCAACGCGAUUAGUUGCAAGUUAGAAACCAUUAGAACAUGAAUGUGAUCUUGACUUGGCAAGGUCAAAUUAUCUCACCACAAUGUCCAGGCGGAGCAGGAACAGUCGGGCGUGGCGUUAUGUCUGGAGUGGAAUACGCCGAGAUGCAGACGCCCGCGCGCUGGGGCUUGCCUCAGAGUCAGAGGACUGGCGCUAUGAACGUUUACAGUACAGUGACUCUGACUCUGAAGCAGAUUUCCCGGCCGUGGUGGUGCCUCCAGUCCCCAGUGCUGUGCCUGUCACAGGGGAGUCGUACUGCGGCUGUGACUCCCUGGCUGAGUCCAGCUACACCCCACGUCCGCGAGGCUUUCACCGGGUCAGAGACUGCCACUGUGGGGAGGAUGACCAGGACUUUGACUGGGUGUGGGAUGACAUCAGUCGAUCAACAGCAACGUUGUUAAGCUGUGACAACCGCAAAGUGAACUUUCACACAGAGUACAGCUGUGGCACGGCUGCAGUCCGAGGGGCCAGAGAGCUGGCUGAAGGGCAACACUUCUGGGAGAUCAAGAUGACGUCCCCAGUCUACGGCACUGACAUGAUGGUAGGCAUUGGGACGUCACAUGUGAAUCUGGACCAGUAUAGACAUUCGUUCUGUAGCCUCUUGGGAAAAGAUGAGGACAGUUGGGGUCUCUCCUACACUGGGUUGUUGCAUCACAAAGGAGAUAAGGUGAACUUCUCCUCCCGGUUUGGCCAGGGCUCCAUCAUCGGAGUACAUCUGGACACGUGGCAUGGCACCCUCACUUUCUUCAAAAAUCGCAAGUGCAUAGGUGUUGCUGCCACAGAACUGCAAAACAAGAGGCUCUUCCCCAUGGCCUGUUCCACAGCAGCUAAGAGUAGCAUGAAGGUGAUCCGGUCAUGCUUCGCGCCCACCUCCCUGCAGUACUUGUGCUGCGCCCGCCUUCGCCAGCUCCUGCCAGACUGCACGGACACGCUCAGUGUGCUGCCCCUCCCGCCUGGGCUGAGACACUUGCUGCACACCAAGCUGGGAUGGGUGCUGAGCCUCAACGGCUGGGGCUCAGAGGAGGGAGCUGACGGCCCUGAGUGCCCCGCGGCCUCCUCCCUGGGCCUCCCUUCAGCCUCGUCCCCGGGCCCCCCUGCAGCCUCCUCCCUGGGCCCCCCUGCAGCCUGCCACUCGCUCUGUGACUCAGAGGGGUGCUGCUCCAACCCUGAGGCGUACCAGAGGAAACGAUGUCGGUGGACAUGAUUUGGACCUCCUGCCCUUUGAAAAACUCACAUAUUGCUGGUGUGUGCCUGCAUAUCCACAAACAGAAAACCACACUAGACAUAACGGUAGAAAAUGUGAAAAUAUGAGACUGUUGUUUCAGAACAUGGUUACUCUCUGAUAUAUGAAUGUGACACAAAGACAUAACCACGGCCAAAUAUCAGUGCACAUUGUUACAGUAUAUAAAUGCAGUUGGAAGGAUUUGGGGUUUCUCAGCUAAAGAAGAGCUAGCUUUCACACUUCUAACUGUCCAGGAAAAGCUGAGUGCAGAGUGUAAAUAGUUUCCCAGAAUGCUUGUGAAGGUCUUCUAGUCUUCUUGUUGAGCCAGGUUGGUUUGGCUGGGUCUUUCCUGGUUUCCUGGGUUUGAUGUAUGUGUUGCCUACUUCUUCUCUCUUUCUGUUAACCUAUUCCUAUCUAAAAGAUAUCAUGUGCAUUACGUAAAUAGAUUUUAAUAUUAGAGCAAGCCUUUCCAGAUGAUGGUUAAUACCUUUCUGAUGAAGACCUUCAGCAGUAGAUUUUUGAGUGACCGAUCAGAUGAAGACGAUUGUUUCACUUUUUCUGUUGCCAAGGGAUCCAAUCACAGCCCAAUGCUCAUUGGUAAAGUUCUUAGAUACUGCUCAGUGGUAGAGCAUUUUACUGCAGAUCAAGAGGUGCACAUUCAAUCCCCCCCAUGUACGUCGCUUUUGAUAAGAGCAUCUGCUCAAUGAAUACAAUAAUAUUAUUAUUGGUCCAUUAAAUAUAGUUUUGUCACUACUCGGUAGAACAAUAAUACAGGACUGUGGUGCCGACAUGAGUAAUUUAAAGGUUUAAGAAUUUAGUAAACACUGAUGAUAAAACUAUUAUACAUUUGAACUCACACCUGGUUAGUGCAGCCACAUCAGACCUCAGUAGGGACCUAUUCAGUUCAAUGGUUAAAAAGUUCUACAUGAUAUAUUCAUGUGUUCCCCUUAUGAAAAAGAUGGAUACAUUACACCGUUUUGUGUACCUUUGACAUUUAAUACAAAAAUUAGUAUUACAAGUUUUGCUAAGCCUGUCUGUGGUUUGGACCACAAUAUGCAUAUAAAACGUAUUGCUGCCUUGACAAUUUCAGUUCCAUUUCUCAUUUCAAAUGAGUCUGUGACCGAAAGUUCAACGCAGUCAGUUGAGCUGGGAGAGAGUCAGACAUGCAGGGGCUGGACAGCUCUUAAUACUGUGAAACCUAGGGAUGUCGUAAACAACCUAAUGGAUAAUGAAGUUCUUGGGUCCAGCGUUUGAGGAAAGGUAGGUAUUAAGGAGCAAGAGAGGUGUUUGUAAGGAACCAAGCAUCUUUACAGUGUAUUUGUAUUGCUGCUGUUUAUCAGUAAUUCAGAACAAGUUGUCUUACGAUCCAAUUGUACGUGUCUGUAUUUCUCAAACAGUUUGUCAUUGGCUCUCCUCCAUUGAAAUUAGUGUAUACUGGAGUAAAAACAGUGUCCAAUGUUGUGUAGUAUCAUUUCAUUGUAUGUUUUUAGUCAUGUUAUAAUGCAUAAAAGCACUUUUUGCUGACAGAUGGUUGCAGUUAAUAUACAUAAAUAACUGAUGCUCAUUGGCCUACUCUGUGUAUGCCGUCAUUCAAAUGUUCUCUGUAAUAUGUAUCUAAAGUGUAGCCUUGAAACUUAAGAAAUAUGUCUGUAGCCACACUGUUUAAAAAAAAUUGUAUUGUAA